AUGGGACGGACAGUCGUUGCAUUCGACCUCUACGGCACCAUCCUCUCCACUGAGUCAAUAGCAGGAGAGUUGGCAAAGCUAUACGGGCAAGACAAAGCUCAAUCUAUCGCAUCGCUUGCUAGAAGGUAUCAGCUUGAGUAUACAUGGCGUGCCAAUAGCAUGGGUACUUAUCGCUCGUUUAGCGAUCUUACGAGAUGGUCAUUUCGACAGGCUACCAAGGAAAUUGGGGUUGAGCUCACUCCAGAGCAGGAGGAACACGUGAUGAAUGCAUAUAACGGUCUCGAUACGUUUCCAGAUGUUGACGAUGCGCUCAAGAAAUUGGCAGAAAGUCCAUCUAUUGACCCUUACAUCUUCUCCAACGGCACCGCCGACAUGAUCGCCUCAUCGCUCAAGACAUCGCCUUCCUUGUCACAGGCGAGCAACGUGUUUACCCGGGAGAAGCUCGUGAGCAUCGACUCGAUUCAGGUGUUCAAGCCAGAUCCUCGCACGUACAAGUUCAUGGCCAAGACAGCGGGCCUGGAAUUGCAGCUUGACAAGGUUUGGCUCGUGAGCUCGAAUCCGUUUGAUGUAGUGGGUGCGACAGCGGUUGGACUCAAGAGUGUAUGGAUUGAUCGUGGUAGAAAAGGAUGGAGUGAUGGACUUGCGGGAUCGUUGGAUGUGAAACCUACAGUUAUCGCUGCUACUGUGGAUGAAGCCGUGCAGACGAUUUUGCGGCAGUCUGAGAGUAGUGAGUAG